AGUACUAGAAUAAAAAAAGAGCAUUUUCACCUUCUCCCCCCUUUUCUUCCUUCAAGCUCUGGCCAAGGCGCAACCUCACUAGCUACCUCUGCCCGGCGCUUCCUCAUCCGGUUUCUGCAGAAAAAAUGCCUUCAAAGGAUAAAAUCGCCUAUUUUUACGACGGGGAUGUGGGUAGCGUCUACUUUGGGCCGAACCACCCCAUGAAACCGCACCGGCUAUGUAUGACCCAUCAUCUCGUCCUCUCCUAUGAUCUCCACAAAAAGAUGGAAAUUUAUCGGCCGCAUAAGGCGUAUCCGGUGGAGCUUGCGCAAUUCCAUUCAGCUGACUAUGUUGAGUUUCUGCACAGGAUUACGCCCGACACCCAGCACUUGUUCUCGAAUGAAAUGGCAAGAUAUAAUCUUGGAGAAGAUUGCCCUGUAUUUGAUAACUUAUUUGAAUUUUGUCAAAUUUAUGCUGGGGGAACAAUAGAUGCUGCACGUAGGUUGAACAAUAAACUUUGUGAUAUUGCUAUCAAUUGGGCUGGUGGACUACACCAUGCCAAAAAGUGUGAGGCAUCCGGAUUUUGUUAUAUCAAUGACUUGGUCUUGGGGAUCUUGGAGCUUCUAAAACAUCAUGCCCGAGUAUUGUAUAUUGACAUAGAUGUGCAUCAUGGUGAUGGUGUAGAAGAAGCUUUCUAUUUUACUGAUAGGGUGAUGACUGUUAGCUUUCAUAAGUUUGGGGAUUUGUUUUUCCCAGGAACAGGUGAUGUUAAGGAAGUAGGAGAAAGAGAAGGCAAGUUUUAUGCCAUCAAUGUCCCACUAAAAGAUGGAAUUGAUGACGCUAGCUUCAGUAGACUUUUCAAUACUAUUAUUUCCAAGGUUGUUGAGACAUAUCUACCAGGCGCGAUAGUUCUCCAGUGUGGAGCAGAUUCUCUUGCUGGAGACCGUUUGGGCUGCUUCAAUCUCUCCAUUGAUGGUCAUGCUGAAUGUGUUAAGUUUGUGAAGAAAUUCAAUAUACCCUUACUGGUUACAGGAGGUGGGGGAUACACGAAAGAGAAUGUUGCUCGGUGUUGGACUGUUGAAACUGGGGUUCUUCUUGAUUCAGAACUUCCCAAUGAGAUCCCAGAUAACGAGUAUAUCAAGUAUUUUUCUCCAGACUGCUCGUUGAGGAUUCCAAGUGGGCAUAUACAGGAGAACCUAAAUAGUAAAUCGUAUCUCAGCACGAUUAAAAUACAAGUCUUGGAAAAUCUGCGUUGCAUCCAACAUGCUCCUAGCGUACAGAUGCAAGAGGUUCCACCUGAUUUCUAUAUUCCCGACUUUGAUGAAGAUGAGCAGAACCCUGAUGAACGUCUGGAUCAGCACACUCAAGACAAACACAUUCAGCGUGACGACGAAUAUUAUGAAGGAGACAACGAUAAUGAUCACAACAUGGAAGAUAUGUAAACUUAGCACAAAUACCGUGUAUUUUUUGGGUAUAUGCUAUGCUAUUCAGUACGGGAAUAUUUAACUAGGUACUAAAUUAUGUUAAGAUGAUCAAGGAACAAGAAGGAAUUUGCAAAUGUUCCUGUUCAUAUUGGUGUUAGAUUUAGUGCUGUAAAUUGCGUAUGUUGCAAAUGGUUUUCUUACCAGCAGUAAUUUUAUUUGACUUUGAAGACAAAA